AGAAAAAGAAAAAAAGAAUCGUGGCACAUCUCUCGUCUUCACUUUCAGCUUCCCUCCGUCUGCAAUGGCUGCCUCCAACUCUGACUCAAUUCCUCCAAUGGUUUGUCUCUGAAACUACGAAGUCACGUUUUUCUAUUCUGGAACGCACGGCGGAGGGCCAUGGCAAUGCCGUGGCAUAUGGCGUUUUGGAUGGCCGAGAUGGUUUGGAUAGCUUUGAGCGGCUGGAUUUCUUCUUGCUUGGCCUUCGCCGACGAGGUCGCCGGCUCUAUCAGAACUGGCGAUAUUGGCCCUUUCCAUAUUGGCUGACCGCAGCUUCGGCUUCAUCGAUUCGGAACGCUCUGGUAAUCGGAGAAUGGCAGAUGCAAAGAUAUUUUGAUGAGUACAAACUAUAAAAGCUGAGGAACAGAAGUUCUUAUACUGGACUCUGGCUACUGCUUCAACUUCCAUCCUGAAUUGGUAAAUUUUGUAUAUUCUUGAGUCGUCUGCAUGUUUUAUGUAGUUGGAAUGCUAUGCUAUGGCCCUGAAAUCAAUUUUCUGUUUUUUUUUUUUUUAUCAUGAUUCAGAAAAUAGCCACGAGAAAUUAUCUUCAUGUAUCACUAACAUGUUAGUUCGAAUUAAUUGUUGAAAAUAGUUUUCAAAAUCGCAGAAGAGGAAAAAAGUUCCUA